ACAUCUAAUUAAUCCUUAAGUGUGAUUAAGCUAAUCACAGAUCAUAUCAUCAUUACGGCUAAGGAUGCAAGUUGCAACAUAGCCUCUGAGUCUCUCCUUCCUUUGGCUUUUGAGAAAGCAGACAAUUUUGUGAGAUUUUGGAAUCUCUGUGAGAUUGAUUUAACAGCGUCUCUCUCUCUCUCUCUCUCCUCAACCAGAUGGCCUCUCCCGCUGCAGAUGCCAAAUCUUCCAUUAGGUCAGUGAAGUACAGAUAUACCCACCAGCUUUACGACGUGGUUUUUGGCAGCACCACCAUCAAAACCUUGGUCACCAGAACACCCGAAGUCGUGGAUUCUUGGGUAGGAUGCAUGCGAAGCCGUGACGACAAUAUCAACAUCAUAGGACUCGACAUAGAAUGGCGUUCCAAAUCGUUGACAGGAGAUCAUACUCGCCCUUCCACUUUGCAAUUCUGCACGGUCCAACGCUCUCCAGGAACAAAAUAUUUUUCCCUCGAGGAGGGUGGUGGGAAUGAUUAUAGAUGUCUUAUCUUUCAGUUUAAGGAUUGUGACGCGGUUCCGCAAUCGAUCAUUAACUAUCUUGCCAACAAGAGUUGUGUUUUUGUUAGCGAGAGAAUGACGCACGUUAAGGAGAAACUGAAUGAGCACUUUAAAUUGGACAUGGCAUAUCCGAUCGACAUUAGCCAAUUCAUCGAGGUUAGGAAGCCUGAGAAGCCUAAUAGUGUGAGAAACAGUGACUGGGACAAAACGUACCUUGAUCCUACUCAGGUUCGCUACGCUUGCUUGGAUGCUUUUGUUUCAUAUGAGGAAGCUUCGUGUUUUAUAAAUACAGAUAAGGGCCCCAGGAAAGUGAACCAUAGACUCUCCUUGGAUGGAAUGAUGCAGCAUCUCUUCCGGAAAACAGAUCCAGAGAUUGCGAUGGAAGAGGAAAAGAAAGAAGAAGAGGAAGUGGAAGAGGAAGUGGAAGAGGAAGACUUUGAUGUGAUUGUUUCCAACGAAGUGGUAGACGAAGACUACGAUGUGGUAGGGGAAGAUGAAGACUUUGACAUGAUUUCUCACAGAGAUGUGUACGAAUUGGAAUAUCCACCUCCAAAAUAAAUACCGAGUUUGAAUGUAAAAAGAUGAUAUAUUAUUCAGUUUCUUUUGCUCUAUCAACCUUUUAUAUACCGAAUGUUGGUAGUAUUUACGUUCCAACUUA